AUGGCUCCAGCAGAUUUCGUGCCGACGCUGAUCAAUCAGCGUCAGCAUCACCAUCAUCAACGUCAACAACUUCUCCACCAUGAUGAAGUAGUCUCCGAACACGCCGAACGACCAACGCCGUCAUCAACACCAACACCAGCACCAACGCCUACGCUUGUGCUAUCGCCAUCACGGCAGGACAGAUACCACGAUGGCGCAUCCACAUCCUCCGCAUCAUCACCACGCAAAUCACACGCAUCCCUCGAUACAGAACCCGAGUAUGAAACAGACCCAGACAACGAGCUCCUCGACCUAGAAAAUGGAUAUCUGCCGGGCAUAAACACAGAUACAAACGGCGGACGGGAUUGGUCUGGGGAUAAAGAUAGGAGUGGCAGAGGCUGGUGGGGAUUCAAGGAUAUCAUGACUAUGACGGUGCGAGAAAGGAGGAAAGAGAGUUUGGAUAGUACACGGAGUGGGAGUUCGUACAGAGAUGAAGGGAAGGCGUUGUUAAUCGGCGGGAGCUACUCAUGUAGCAGUACGAGGUGGAGGAGGAGGAGAGGAUGGUUAAAUUAUUUCGUCUUUGGAGGGAUUAGCGGGUUGAGUAUAAUCGCAAUCCUCCUUGCCACGAACCUCCUCCUCACAAUCUUAACCCUCUACGCCCACCCUCCAGACCCAGACGACGUCUUCGUGCACUGGGGUAGCCUCAACACAGGAACCUCAGAUCUGUCAUGGUACCCAACAGACUUCACCCGUGACAUCCAACCUGUCCCCUGCCACUCCCAUAACGACUACUGGCGUCGCGUCCCCCUCUUCUCAGCUCUGCGUCACGGCUGCACAGGCGUAGAAGCCGACGUCUGGCUCACUAACAACGACCUCCUCGUAGGCCACAACCGAGCAAGUCUUUCUCGAAAUCGUACAUUCACAACACUAUAUGUCGACCCCCUGGUCAAAAUCCUCGAACAUCAAAAUCCACACACACGGUUCUAUAAUGGGACCAAUAACGGGGUAUUUGACGUGGAUCCCGAACAAACCGUCACGCUGCUUAUUGAUGUCAAGACGGGCGGAAAAGAGACCUGGCCGUGGGUGUUGAAGCAAUUAGAGCCGUUGCGGGAACGCGGAUGGUUGACGUACAUGGAAGGGGAUGUGCUGCAUAGAAGGGCUGUGACGGUCGUGGGGACGGGGAACACAAGAUUUGAUGUCCUGACUGCGAAUGAGACGUAUAGGGAUGCGUUCUUCGAUGCUCCCCUGGAUACUAUGUGGGAGCCUCCCUUUUCAACCACUGCUUCGCCACUGAGCAACUCCCCUCAAUCUGCUAAGCUGGAUGUCGACGACCCCUCCUCCUCCGAGGCCUCCCCACCACAACCUCCGCCACUAUCUCAAGGCCAGGACCUCGGUCAAGGCCUCUCAGGCACGACCCCCACCUCCUCCUUCACGAGUCUCAACUCCCAUUACGCAUCUGUCUCCCUCCGGAAAUCCAUCGGCAUCAUCUGGCGGGGCAGGCUCUCUCCCGAACAGCUCGAUAUCAUCCGUGGUCAGGUCCGAGGCGCGCAUAAAAGGGGCUUGAAGGCGAGGUAUUGGGAUUUACCGGCUUGGCCUUUGGGGUUGAGAGAUUAUAUUUGGGGAGUCCUGGUUAGGGAGGGGGUGGAUGUCUUGAAUGUGGAUGACUUGAGAGCGGUGAGGGGCGUGUGGAGGUCUUGA